CAAAAGCACAGGAGACCGGCAUCCCAGCUGUGAGCGCAAAUCUAAAUAGGAUUUUUCACACUCAUAAUGAGGUUUAAAACAGUGUGUGCCUACUUCCUGAACCCUGUAAACGGAUUGGUGUAUUUUGCUUUUCCUCAGCCUACCUGCUCCAGCUUGUGUGACCUGUCUGAGAUCUGUGUCAGUUAUAUCGAACAACCCUUGAGUGUGUGGUAUAUUUGGAUCUUCCUGCUCGUCCUAUUAAUCUUGAUGGUACAUUGUGUGGCUGCCUGCUGCCUACAGUGUCAUGUAAAGAGACAAGAAAGAUUUUCUUCUAGAAAGACGAUUACAGUUGUCACUCUCAGUGGUUCCGAGUCUAUACAUGUGACAGAAUCUUCCCAGUGCCCUCAUCUCCAGUCAUGGUCCUCACAUCAAACCGCAGAUGCUUCAGUUUCUUCUGUUUCACUUGGGGAGUUGGAGUUAGGAGCUCCUCCUUCAUAUGAAGAAUUGUUUAUCAACAGAAAGUUCUUACUGCAAAUUGGUGGUUGUACUCAGCCAAGCACAACAAUGGUGAAGGCAAAUAGAGAAAAGGAAUUCUCAGAUCCGGAAGCCGCUCCUGAGAUGAGUGCAAGCAACCACAAUAUUCCUCCAAGAUGA